UAUAUAAUAUUUAUAUAAUAUUUAUAUUAUAUUAUUUAAUUAAUAAAUAUAAGUUUAUAUCCUAUGAUCAUUCAUUUCUCUCUUAACCUUUUCUAUUUCUUCUUGGAGAGAAUAAGCAAAUUCGAAAAAUUGAUUCAUAGAAAAUUCAAAUUUUUAUUUACUCGUUUGUCUUGGAAAAACAAGGGAAGGUAUGUUUUUCAUUGACAAUGUCACUUCAAUUUCAAAGUUUUUGAGAAAAGUUUUUGCAAAAAAUUGUCAAGUAAUGCGGCGUACAACAAGAAUUUGCUAAACGAUUGCGACAGAGUUUCGAGGAGGAUGGGAAAUACCGGAUCCGUACAAUCAUCGAAAUCGCGAAAAGAACGAAAGCGAGAAAGUGGUGACAGCGUAGAUGAUCGUCCCGGAAAGAAUAAAAGAAUUGUAAAUGGUUCCGAAUCCCGAACCAAUGGAAAAGAGAAAAUAAAAUGUCGUGCAACUAAUCCUUUUAUCAUCUUUUUUCUACGAUUACGAAGUAAAAAACCUAAGGAACACGUAACUGUAAUUGCACGAGCAGCAGGAAAAUUAUGGACUCAAAUGAGUCCGGAACAAAGAAAGAAAUAUAUAGAUUUGGCAAAUGCUGAGAAAAAAAGACGACAAGAACGUAAAAGAAAACGAAAGUCAAGAAGAAAAUAGAAAACUGAUUGAUGAAAAAUCACAGGGUAAAAACUGAAAGAAAUUAAACAAGUGCAAAAUUGUUCUUGCUAUGCGUGUAUCAAGCCACGCUCUACAAGUUUUUAAAAGUCUUUUAUUCGUAUAAAAUAUUCUCUCGAAGCCUUUAUUUUUGAUUCGUUUUUAUUUGUUAGUAAUUUUUUUUUUUUGUUAACUCUAUGUACAAUAAAUAUUGAUGUAUUUUUACACUAUCAAUGACCUUUUUUAUCGUUCAAGAAUUAUGCUAAAAACUAGGCAAAUUUCCUUGCCUCUCGCACUUAUAGUCUCAUCUGAAAAAAUUAAAUUCAUAACAUACUAUAAAUAUAUUAUUUGUUCGCGACCAUUCCCCGAAGCGUCGUGGACAAGAGGGAAAUUACAAUUGAACGUACACCACGAACGAGCACCAUUUUACAUUUCCCAUAAAGAGGUCGAAGGAAUCAACGUCUCAUUUCCUUUUAUAAUUCGAUACAAAAAAUAAUUUCAGCGUAAUUCUUUCGACGCUCCGUGGAAGAAUUUUACGCAAUUAUUUUUUUCGAAAUUAAUAUGUGCCCUCCCGCUCAAUAAUAGAAAAUAAAAAUAUUACAUACAAUAGAGAAUAAAGAAUGGAUAUACGUGUCUAUGUGUAUGCGCGCACAUUUAUACACGCGUAUGUGUGUGUUGUCCUGCAUAUCUGUGCAUGUAAAUAAAGAGCAUAUAAUAGA